AUGGCUGAAACGAAUCCAAAUGACGCAAGGAAUGACCCAAGUUCAAGUGCUUCGGGCAGUGAGGAGGAUAAGGUGAGACCAAUGGUGAAUCUGGGAGACGAUCAGAAUAAAAACAACCAAUCCCAACAGCAAAAGACUCCCGAAGCUUCAACGGCUGAAAGUGAAAUACCACCAAAUAAUGCAAUCCCAAGGGACGGAGGUUCUUGUCCUUCGUGGCUUAUCCAGAUAAUGGAUGAGGUUGAAGAGGCUGAAAGCAAUCAUCCGCAAGGGCCAAAGAUUCCGAAGGUUCCACAAAAACUUCUUAAGAGUGAAAACAAGAACAAGGAAUGCUACAAUCCUUUUGUGGUCUCAAUCGGACCUUAUCACCGUUCGGAUCGUGUGGAGAAACUCAAGAAUGGAGAGAGUUUCAAGAAUUCGAUGACACGCCAGUUUAUCCUACAAAGUGGAAAAGAGAGAGAAGAAUUUUACGGGGUCUGGGAGGUAGAAAAGGUGGCCAAACAAGCGAAAGAAUUCUAUGAUGAGAGUUUAAUAGAAACGAUUGAUGAUGAUGACUCCACCAAGAUGAUGUUUAUUGAUGGUUGCUUUGUUCUCCAAUUCAUCCAUUGUGUCACGAGCAAGUAUGAUAAUUUGAAGAUGAGUGAUCAGGAAGUUGCCAAUGAGUCUGGUGAAUCAGGACACCGAGGUCAUUACUUGUAUUAUUCUGCCAAGGAUCUUAAGAAGGUUGGAAUUCACUUCCGGCCAAGCAGGACUAAUGCACUGACGGAUGUCAAGUUCAGGUCUUCAAUUUUCACUGGAACAUUGAAACUUCCUCCAAUUACCAUAGAUAAGUCAACCAAGUCCAUGCUCUUAAACUUGGUGGCCUACGAAUCAUCUGCAGUUCCAAAGAAAAAACAUUGGGUCACUUCUUACCUAUGCUUCAUGGAUUCACUGAUUAAUGAUGCUGAAGAUGUAAAGGAGCUGCGAUCGAAAGGAAUAGUCUAUAAUUAUCUUGGAGCGGAUGAAGAAGUUGCAAAAAUUUUUAACGACAUGACCAAGUCUCUGGAACCCGAGACUAAUGCUUAUAAUGAUGUUAAAAGAAAAAUUAAUAUACAGUGUGAGGGUAUUAUCAAGAAAUGGGUUGCUCAGUCGCUGCAAGAUUAUUUUAGUAGUCCUUGGGCCUUUAUUGCUCUUGUUGCUGCAGUUUUUACCAUUUUCUUAACUGCCGUUGCUACCUAUGUAGCAGUAUGGCCUAUCAAUUGA